AUGGCCGCCCGCGUCCGCCGCCGCCGAUACCGCUGGCCCGAAAUCCAACUCAACAUCUGGAUCAUCAUCGUGCUCUCCGCCUCCGCAAUCUGCCUGGGCAUCUUCGCCUGGUUUAUGGCCGUACAGUCGCAGCUUCGCUUGGGGACUCCAUGGCUCUUCCCCUACAUGGUCGUAAGCGGCAGCCUCGGCGUCUUCUUCAUCUGCCUGGUUCUCUUCCUUGCGGCGCAGCGCUUCCUCCUGCCCGGGAUCAUCAUCAUCGGGAGUUUUAUCCUGUUUGUGCUGUGGCUGACGGGGCUGAUCGAGACCUCGCUGCAGCUGUAUGGGGUUGUGGGGAACGUGAACGACAACUGUCAGAACUACGUCGUGGACAAUCCUUCCACGGGGAACAAUAUCAAUACGUUGGCGUGGUUGACGCAGAGUACUAUUUGUAAUUGCUGGAAGACCGCGUUUGCGUUUGAGCUGGUCAAUACCAUCUUCUUUCUCUGGAUGAUGGUUAUGUCCUGGCAGGUUAAUCGUGAUGUAUAUGAUUGA